AUGCCUCUUACGUUCCACCUUCAGUCGUAUGGGGUAUCAUUUCAGGCAGAUAUGCGUUCGCCACGCGACGAGAGAGGAGGGGACGCGACGAGAGAGGAGGGGAUGCGACGAGAGAGGAGGGGAUGCGACGAGAGAGGAGGGGACGCGACGAGAGAGGAGGGGACGCGACGAGAGAGGAGGGGACGCGACGAGAGAGGAGGGGACGCGACGAGAGAGGAGGGGACGCGACGAGAGAGGAGGGGACACGACGAGAGAGGAGGGGACGUGACGAGAGAGGAGGGGACGCGACGAGAGAGGAGGGGACGCGACGAGAGAGGAGGGGUCGGAACGGGAGGGGACGGGAGGAGGGGCGUCGAGAGCAGAGGGGACGGGAGGGCACACCCUGUGGGUGGGAAGGGGUUCAGUCCCAACACGCGCACAUCUGCCACAUCCCCUUUUCCUUACCCCCAUCUCCCAUGCCCUUCCCCUCAUCCCCCUUUCUCUUUCCUCCAUUCCCCUCCCCACAACAGCAUCCCCCUUUCCAUUUCCCCCAUCCCCCUUCCCGUCCCAGCAUCCCCCUUUCCCUUUUCCCCACCCCCCUUCCCGUCCCAGCAUUUCCCCAUCCCCCGUCCCUUCCCAGCAUCCCCCUUUCCCUUUCCCCCAUCCCCCUUCCCAGCAUCCCCCUUUGCUGCCCCUUCUGCUAUCACCUCCCUUCCCCCUCUGCUAUCACCUCCCUUCCCCCUCUGCUAUCACCUCCCUUCCCCCUCUGCUAUCACCUCCCUUCCCCCUCUGCUAUCACCUCCCUUUCCUCCCAUGCCUCACCUCGCUUUCCUCCCAUGCCUCACCUCGCUUUCCUCCCUUGCCUCACCUCGCUUUCCCCACUUGUCUCCCCCCUACUUCCCCUAUUGCCCCAUCUGUUGA